AUGGAUCAGGAAGCGGAGGCGCCGAGGAUCCAGACUCCCAACGACCGUCCAGAGUCGGAGGGCGCGCCAGGCUCCGAACAGGAUGGGAACUCCCCAUACUAUCCCAGGAUACAUAUCAAGUCGUUUGCUUUUGAACAAGAGCCUCAUAGCGACAUGGGAUCUGCAUGUUCGCUGUCGCCAACUGCCAAGACGGAGGUGAAUAAGCAUGCCGUGCCUGCUGAGCAGCCCGCUGGUGCCGUUCACAUGCAACCAGAUGACCAGGGCAAGACACAAAGAAGUGUACAGAAAAAUGAUGAUCGUCCAUCUGAAAACAGCGGUGGCUCGGAGAUGAAACGAGCAGGCGUGGAAACGACGCGCCCCAGCCGAGCAGCGAAAUAUCGCACGGCUUCACCAACACCCUCCACGAAAGGGCACAAUCGUGGCACUGGAGCAACAAGAGGUAGGCCGAGAAAAUACCCGGUAGCUUCAAGCCCAUCAGCGGCGGAAGCCAGAAUCACAAAGCGUCCGUAUGGGGCAUCGAACUCCAUGCAACAGCACCAUACCGACCGACACGUUGUGCCGGCGAGCGAUGCACCGCAACCAGAGACCCCCACGGAUAUCGUCCUCUGCGCCUGCGGCAACGUGAUCGACUUUGGGCCGAUGAUUCAGUGCUCUCGUUGCAAGGGCUGGUCACAUAAGGUCUGUACGGGCCUAUCGGACGCGGAAUGGGAGCAGCUGCAAAUGCAGCACGCCCGCUAUCAGUGCUGGCUUUGUGCACCACGUAACGCUCGACCGAACUCCAUCGCUGCAGAUGCAGUGCAGGCGUUGGCAUCUGUUCGAACCGGUUCCAAGUGGAAUACGAUUAUGGGCCGCAUCAUCGAGUCGGCGGCCAUGGAAAACGCGGAGAUUGUCGGUAUGCCGCUCAGCAAACCGCGAAAGCAUCGCAUGGUUGAAAAUAUCAUGACGGGCACGGGUCCGGGUCGAACGCAUCGCUCGUCGGGCCCUCGAGUCGCGUCAACCGAGGGUUCAGUGCCGCUUGUGCGAGAUAGCGCGAAAGAGAACGAAUUUUUCGAAGCGCUCGCUGCACAUUGGCAGCGCAAAACUGGGCAACCGUGGCAAACCCCUAUGUUUCGGGGGAAAUUAUUGGACCUCUAUGCUUUAUACUGGGGCGUCAAGGCACGCGGGGGCAUUGACGCUGUGAUCGCGUCGAAGCGCUGGCCCGAGAUAUGGCGCACCAUGCGCAACUACUACCGCGAGUCUACGGAUCACUCGUUCCGACUUCGCGUAGCGAGCCAGCAGUACUUGGCUGACUUUCUGAGGCAGUACGCCGGGCCUCAGCCUUGGGAUGUUGAGGUGCUGCACUCUGAGGAAAACGCGGACGAGGCCGUUACCCAGCAAAAAAAGCGAGCACCUAGCGACCUGGUUCCAGCAGGCUAUAAGGCGAGCCGGCGUGAGCGGGUCGUUACCACGGAGGAGUUUGUCAAACCUGAGCUGGCGCUCCCGAGCUCUGAACCAGGUCAAACGAGUGCGAAGAAGUCUGAAACGAACGGCCCGCGGUCAGCACGGAGCCCAGCGGGUUCUGCUGUUCGCAAGGCAAGUGAUGCAGUGAAACCUGCGCCUCCGCAAAGCGACGACGACGAACUGAGCCUCGGGUGA